AUGCAGAUGUGGCUACUGCUAAGGCGGGGGGUUGUUUCCCAGUGGCGUAAUACGCAGUACAACGGAAUGCGCUUCGGCAUCGCCUUUGCGCUCCCGUGGAUCCUCGGCUCGCUGUACUGGGGUCGGGGGAAGGAACGGAACUCGAUGGUGGGUUUAAUGGACAUCAUGGGUGUCAUUUUCAGCGGUGCGCUGUUCCUACCCAUGACCAACCUCAUGAUGAUCAUGCCCCAAGUGAUGAACGAGCGUGUCGUGUUUUACCGGGAGAGGGCCUCCGGCAUGUACAGCCCAGUGGUAUUUGCUGCCGUGCAGUCGAUGUCCGAGAUGCCCUUUGUGUUUCUGGAGUCCGUCCUGUACGUCGUCAUCAUGUACUGCACCGUACAGUUCGAGUUUACGGCGGCCAAGGCGCUGUGGUUCUGGUUGUAUAUUUGGUUUGCGCUGCUGGUCUGCACGUUCAUGGGCAUGGGCUUCAUGAACUUGUCUCCCAACAUGCCGGCGGCUAUUGCCAGCUGCUCGGGCCUGGUGCUGCUGUGGAACCUGUUCUGCGGCUUCCUCAUCUACAGGAGGGACAUCAAGCCCUGGUACUUGUGGGCCUACUACGGCAACCCCAUCACCUACAUCAUCUACGGCUGUAUCAUCACGCAGCUGGGGGACGUGUGGGACGAGCAGGUGGAGCUGGGAGAAGGGCUGGCGAUGCCCGUGGCAGCCUUCGUGAAGGAAAACUUUGACUACGACUAUGGCAUGCGCGGCUGGAUGGUGCUCAUCCUGGUCGGUUUUGUGGCACUGCUCCGAAUCGCCUCCUAUUUUGGAAUCAUUCGCCUCAACUUUGUUAACCGGUAG